AUGGCGGCCGCCCCCGCCCCGCGCGCCCCGAGCGGAGCGCUGUGCCGGCUGCUGCUGGCCCUCGCGAUCUUAACAUGUGCCUGUGAUGCGUGCAAAACAGUGACACUACAUGUUCCCUCCCAACUGGAUGCUGAGAAAUUUGUGGGGAGAGUGAACCUGGAGGGGUGCUUGCAGUCCGCAAACCGGAUCCACUCCAGUGAUGCUGAUUUCCAGGUCUUAGAAGACGGUUCCGUCUACACAGCCAAAGCUGUUCUCUUCUCCUCCGCGAAGAGACAUUUCACCGUCUCCCUUUCCAACUCGCAGACCCACGAAGACAGGAAAAUACACGUCCUUUUAGAGCGUCAGACAAAGGCACCACAGCAGAGGCAGCCCAGAGAAAAGGUUCUGAGACGAGCCAAGAGGAGGUGGGCUCCCAUUCCUUGCUCAAUGAUGGAGAACUCCCUGGGCCCCUUUCCACUGUUCCUGCAGCAGAUCGAAUCUGAUACAGCACAGAACUACACUAUAUACUAUUCCAUCAGCGGGCCUGGCGUCGACAAAGCACCUCUGAAUUUAUUCUACGUCGAGAGGAAUACCGGGAACCUGUUCUGUACCGGUCCUGUGGAUCGGGAGCAGUACGACUCUUUUGAGAUAGUGGCCUUCGCAGCAACUCCAGAUGGCUACCAUCCAGAAUUCCCGCUUCCCCUGGUAAUCAGAAUUGAGGAUGAAAAUGAUAAUUACCCCAUUUUUACAAAUUCAACGUACAUAUUUACAAUUGCUGAACAUUCCAGAGUUGGCUCCACCGUGGGACAGGUGUGUGCGAUUGACAACGAUGAGCCUGGCACGCUGCACACGCAGCUCAAGUACUCCAUCCUGCAGCAGCUGCCGGCGGCCCCCACGCUGUUUUUCAUGAACCCGACCACAGGUGUGAUUACCACCACGACGUCUCAGCUCGACAGAGAGUUACUCGACAAGUACCAGUUGAAAAUAAAAGUGCAAGACAUGAACGGCCAACAUUUUGGCUUGCAGACGACUGCCACCUGCAUCAUUUACAUUGAAGAUGUCAACGACCACCUGCCGACCUUCACACGCUCUUCUUAUGUGGCAUCAGUGGAAGAGAAUACAGUGGAUGUGGAAAUCUUGCGUGUGAGCGUUGAGGAUAAGGAUUUAAUUAAUACUGCUAAUUGGAGAGCUGUGUAUACCAUUUUAAUGGGCAAUGAAAAUGGACAUUUUAAAAUUGUAACAGAUCCCAAAACCAACGAAGGGGUGCUGUGUGUGGUUAAGCCGCUGAAUUAUGAGGAGAGACAGCAGCUGACCCUGCAAAUCGGCGUGGUUAACGAAGCCCCGUAUUACCAAGAGACGACUUCAAGGUCAGCCAUGAGCACAGCCACCGUCACGGUGAACGUGAAAAACCAGGACGAGGGCCCCGAGUGCGUCCCUCCCGUGCAGACGGUUCGGAUUAAAGAAAACGCGCCGGUGAACACGAGGAGCGGCGGGUACAAAGCGUACAACCCAGACACGGAGGGCAGCAGCGACAUAAGGUACAAGAAAAUAAAUGACCCAAAAGGCUGGAUCACUGUUGAUGAAAACACGGGAUCAAUUACAACUUUUAGAAACUUGGAUAGAGAGGCCGAGUCCAUCAGAAACGGGGUCUACAACGUUACCAUCCUUGCGACAGACAAAGUUGGAAGGACGUGCACUGGGACACUGGGGAUCAUCCUGGAAGACGUGAAUGACAACGGCCCAGUCAUACUGAAGAAGACGGCGGUGAUCUGCAAGCCCACCAUGUCCUCCACGGAGAUCGUGGCCUUCGAUCCCGAUGACCCUGUGAACGGCCCGCCCUUCACCUUCGGCUUGGAGGAGGAUUCUGACUCAGACGCCCAGAGGAUGUGGGGACUGACAAAAAUUAACGAUACGGCAGCACGUCUUUUCAAUCAAAACGACGCUCCGUUUGGCCCGUAUACGGUCCGGGUCAGAGUUACCGAUAGACACGGCCUGUCCCAGGUCACGCCCUUAACUGUCAUCAUGUGUGACUGCAUCACCGAAAACGACUGCUCGCUCCGCGGGGUCCCCAGGACCGGCACCGGGGAGCUCCGACUUGGAAAGUGGGCCAUCCUCGCCAUCCUGCUGGGCAUAGCCUUGCUGUUCUGCAUCCUCUUCACCCUGGUCUGUGGGACCACGGGGGCGGCCAAAAGGCCCACGGUCCUCCCUGAUGAUGUGACCCAGCAGAACCUCAUUGUGUCCAACACCGAGGCGCCUGGCGAUGACAAGGUGUAUUCCGCCAACGGCUUCACCCACACCGUGGGCAGUGCGGGGCCGGGGGCCUGUGGCCCCGUGGGAUCCGGGCUGAUCCACGGAGGGCAGGAGGCCAUCGAAAUGGUGAAGGGACACCAGACCUUGGACCUGUGCCGGGGACCCGGGCAGCAUCACACGCUGGAGGCCUGCGGGGCGGGCCGCGUGGAGGUGGACACCUGCAGAGGCACCCACUCCGAGUGGCGCAGCUUCACCCAGCACCGCCUCGGCGAGAAAGUGCAGCUGUGCAACCAGGAUGACGGUCACGGACACGCCCAGGACUACGUCCUCGCCUACCGCUACGAGGGCCAGGGCUCGGCGGCCGGCUCCGUGGGCUGCUGCAGCGACCGGCAGGAGGAGGACGGCCUGGACUUCCUGGAUCAUUUGGAACCCAAGUUCAGGACGCUCGCAGAAGCAUGCGUGAAGAGAUGAGUGCAUCCGAUAAGGCUACCGAAGCCAGUGGCUUUAUCACCUU